AAGUAGGAUGAGGAUGAAGAAGUAGGAUGAGGAUGAAGAAGAAGAAGAAGAAGUAGGAUGAGGAUGAAGAAGAAGAAGAAGAAGAAGAAGAAGGAGGAUGAGGAUGAAGAAGAAGAAGAAGAAUAAGAAGAAGAAGUAGGAUGAGGAUGAAGAAGAAGAAGAAGAAGAAGAAGUAGGAUGAGGAUGAAGAAGAAUUCCAGUGCAGCAAAAAGUGUAUCUGCAGAGAGCUCCGCUAUUUCUGACAGUUCUCUGACAGUUCUUUCACAUUUACAGCGAUUGAAAACAUUGUAUCUAUUUGUUUCCGAAUAAA